CGCUACGCCACCACGGCACGCCCCUGCAGAAUGUUUUUUAUUAAGCUCAUUUCUACCCGGUUCUGUUCUGUUCUGUCCUGGCCCGGCUGAGAGCUGUGCUGAUGGUGCUGGUUCUGGUUGGGUUCUGCAGCAGCAGCAGCAGGUGCGGCGGCGCUGCUUCCUGUGUCGUGUGGUUUCCUGUCUGUAGGUGGAGGAUGUUCAGGCGGUUGCUGCAGCCGCCGCAGCUGAUUGGUCGAGGCGUCUGUGUGAAGUCGUCACUCGACGCUGCAGAGGAGCCGCUGCGGCACAACGGCUGGUCGGCCCACUCAGCCUCGCCCAGCGCCGCCCGGCCGUGACUCAGACCCGCAGAGGAUUCGGACGCCGGCGUCGGGCGCCGCCGACGCCACGCGACUCAGUGAGACGGCAGACAUCUUGGAAGAUGGUGGCUCUCUGGCUGCAGUAGCUGAUCUGGAUCUUCGGCGCCGAGUCUCUGGGCUGCAGAUGAACGAUGGACGUCUCCUGGCUGUCUCUGCUCAUGAUGGCCGCCGCCGUCGCUGCCUCCGUCCUGCUGGCCGCCGUCUGCUUGGACUGCGGCAACAAAAGUCCUCUGGCCUCCAUCAGCCAGACGGCGGCAUCAGAGGAAUACGUCCCAAGUUCUGGAUUCAUCGUUGUACAUCCAUUUGCCGGUCAGGCCCGGUUGGACCAGAACCUGGUCCACUCUCCCCCCACCCUGAAGCCUCACCCGAUCCCUGCUGGUCGCGGUUCUGGCCAGCCACUCCGGCCCUACACACCGACAGAAACCGAGAGCAACCCGAGUUACGAGAACCCGGCCCCGGAAACGGAUUUUCCCGACAGCGACGCUGAAGGCAACGGAUACAUAGAGGUCCUUCCUGAAACCGAGCCGAGCCGAGCCUCCACUCCCAGUUUAGAUAGUGCCGACUACGUCAACCUUGAAGAUGAAAAUAAAAAACAAGCUUUGGAACCGGAACCAGAGCCAGACCAGGACUCGGACUCAGACUCGGACUCAGAAUCUGAUCACAACUACGAGAACGUGAAGUCAGCAAACGGAUCUCCUGCAGCCUCGACGCCGGACGAAGACGAUGAGAACUACGUGAACGUAUGAUCUGGUUGGCCCAGCAGGAGGACCGGUUCUGACAGCUCUUCAUCCUCAUCUUCAUCAGAACCAGGAUCCUCCAGCCUCCUUUUACACUGCUGUUUCACCUCUUAGCUUGAUUUCUGUAAACUUUGACUAGACCUCUAGACUGACUUGAGCGGCUAAUUUAAGGCUAAAUAAUCUGACUGACGGGGAGCUAAAGAUGAGGGUGAUGGACUGAGGCCCUUCCAGCCUCUGGGACGGUUUGACUGAUGUGAAGCCAAUAAAAGUGUUUCUAUUAAUGAGAA